AUGACUGGCGAAGAAUGGGGCUUGACUGUACUGUCAUUCUUGGUAAGAGUCGGAUUUUUUCUUUUUGGCAUUUACCAGGACGCUAAUUUCAAAGUGAGGUACACUGAUAUCGACUAUUUUGUGUUUCAUGAUGCUGCUAAAUAUGUAUACGAAGGCAAAUCACCUUAUGCAAGGGAUACAUAUCGUUACACACCGCUACUAAGUUGGCUGCUAGUGCCUAAUCAUUAUUUUGGAUGGUUUCAUUUGGGGAAGGUCAUAUUUGUUAUUUUCGAUUUGGUUACUGGGCUCAUUAUAAUGAAGCUUUUGAACCAGGCCAUCUCCAGAAAAAGAGCUUUAAUAUUGGAAAGCAUUUGGCUAUUGAAUCCGAUGGUUAUCACCAUCAGUACAAGGGGAAACGCUGAAAGCGUGCUUUGCUGUUUGAUCAUGUUCACGCUUUUUUUUCUACAAAAGAGUAGAUACACCCUAGCUGGAAUCUUAUAUGGUCUUUCUAUCCAUUUCAAAAUAUAUCCAAUCAUAUAUUGUAUCCCAAUAGCAAUUUUUAUAUACUACAAUAAAAGAAACCAGGGUCCACGAACACAACUUACAUCGCUACUCAAUAUCGGUUUGAGUACUCUAACAACUUUGCUUGGAUGUGGUUGGGCAAUGUACAAGAUAUACGGAUACGAGUUUCUGGAUCAGGCAUACUUGUACCACUUAUACAGAACGGAUCACAGACACAAUUUUUCAGUGUGGAACAUGCUAUUGUAUUUAGAUUCUGCAAAUAAGGAAAAUGGUGAGUCCAAUCUCUCAAGGUACGCAUUUGUGCCUCAAUUGCUGCUUGUUUUAGUAACUGGAUGUCUUGAAUGGUGGAAUCCCACAUUCGAUAACCUAUUGAGGGUUUUAUUUGUGCAGACGUUCGCAUUUGUGACAUAUAAUAAAGUGUGCACAUCGCAAUAUUUUGUUUGGUACCUGAUCUUUCUACCAUUUUACCUCUCAAGAACGCACAUUGGUUGGAAGAAGGGGCUUUUAAUGGCCACGCUUUGGGUAGGAACGCAGGGAAUUUGGUUAAGCCAAGGUUACUAUUUGGAAUUCGAAGGCAAGAAUGUAUUCUAUCCUGGACUAUUUAUUGCAAGCGUGUUAUUUUUCGUCACCAAUGUGUGGCUACUGGGUCAAUUUAUUACUGAUAUUAAGAUACCGACGCAACCCACAGUUUCCAACAAAAAGAACAACUGA